AAGUGAAUCAUGAACGGUUGUAGUGUUGCUUGUCGUGUUGCUUUUUUCACCGGGAAACUAACGUCGGCUCGCUAUUAGCAACGGUUUCCAUUCAUUCCGCGCGGUAUCUACAACGAGUUGCGGUGGAAAAAAUAAACCAAAAACAACAGUGAUUGUCCUCGAAACCAAUUUAAAAAAAAACUAAUUGAGACGGUUCCCUUUGGUCGAAAAUUCAAAACCCCUCAUUACGCAGCCACAAAUUUCCGAUUACCGAUUAAAUUGUUUAUGAAGAAGUGGUUUAUUGUAGACGCAAAUUAUUGACAUUCCUUGCCGAAAACAGGAUUCUUCCACUGGAGCCCCGAGGAUGAAGCAGAAAAAAAUAGCAAAGAAACAAAGCUCUACCCUGACGCACAUCUAUCAGAAUGAUAAAAAUCUCACCCAAAUCAACACCAUCUAUCCGACGAAGCGGGUUCUGGUGCUGUACCUGCACAACAAUCAGAUUGGCAAGGUCGAGAACCUGUCCCAGUUUGUGCACCUGACGCACCUGUACCUGCAAUGGAACAACAUCCGCAAGAUUGAAAACCUCGAGGGGUUGCGGAAUCUGAAGCAGCUGUAUCUGGGCUACAACAAACUGACGCGCCUGGAGAAUCUUGAAGGACUCACCAAACUGGAGCAGAUCCACGUGGAAAGGCAACAACUGGAUGGGAUUCCGGCUGCCCGGUUCGAGUUCGAUCCCGACUGUAUGAAGUCGUUGGCGAAUCACCUCAAAGUGCUCAACAUCAAAAAGUUGAAACUGUCCAACAUGGCCGCCCUCGAGCCAUUAUGGAAACUAGAAGUUCUGCUAGCAUCCGAGAAUACCUUCAAAUCAACGGAAGAUUUAACACCAGUCAUCAGUGCCCUCUACUCCUUGCGAGUUCUGGACCUUCAGGGAUGCGUUGCUCAAAAGGACGUCCAUUAUCGCGAGAAAGUUACUGCCGCGGCGGGUCAUAAACUAUUAUUGCUCGACGGAAAAAUGAUUUCCCAGUCAACGAGAAACUUCAUCAAAAACUUUCAAAUGAUUAAACAGGAAAAGAAACGCCGUGCCAUGGCCGAAUGUGCGGAAAAAGUCAAAACUGCAGACGGCGGCACCGGAGCUAGUGACACCUCGCUUGGCAGCCACUUUCCGGCCAACUCGCUGCUGCAGGUUUCCACCCGGAGAGCCUUCUGUACCCGGACUCCUCGAAAGCCGGUUCUUCGCUCCCCGGUUCUGAUGAAAACGAUGUCCGCCCCAUUUACCGAUGAGCUCACGCUGUCCGGCAUUCGAGAGCUGGCCCCAUCGGCACUGGAAGUGGGUGGCCAUUCGACCCCCGUUAUGCUCCAGGGGAAGCUGUUCCGUACCGAGGUACCGGUCUUCAAGGAAAAGAUUCGGAUCCAGCGGAAGGUGCAGUCGUUGCCAUCGAUUGAAUGAAUAAAUUAGAAAGAUAGAAAGAAGGUUGAUUUCAUCGUAGCAGUUUUGAAGUCAGGUUCAAAACGUCAAAACGUGUUAAUUCAAUCGUUUGUAUUGAAUCGGUUUGGUGUGAUAAUAAAAUGCGUGCAAUAAUA